AUGCCUGUUCUCACACCCGACGAAAUCGUGGCAAUCGUCCACACGAUGGGUGUCGAUGUCAGCUCUCUUCCUCGUGGCGCCCUCCCCAAGUACCUCCGCUCCGUGCUCGACAGCACUCAGUACGGCAUGCGCCUCCAACCCUUCGUGGACCUGAAUGCGCUCCCCGAAUGGCCCAAGCCCGACUCUGCCACAUGUCGAACCCGCUUCAUCCAGCACUACACGCCCCAAACCGAGGCCUCGCACACCGUCGCACACGAUCCGACCUCCCUGGCGCAGACGAUCGAGCGCGGCGAUGGCGAUCAGGCAAAGGGGCUCUAUGAGCGUGCGCACAAGUACUGGGCUGCCGCUUUCCCAGUCCCAAAUCCGUUCGUCGGGCUCCGGAUCGCGGUCCUCGAACUCGCGAAGCUCUGCGACUGCGGCUCGCCGUGGAUGAUGCUGGUCUGUGGCACGGAGAAGAGACGAAUAAUCAACAUUCGGGUGGUGUCGAUCCGAAAACUGCACGACCGUACGCCCGUGUUCGUCGUUCUCUACGGCGCCGUGUACCCGGACGACGACGGGCAGUUCUUCGCAUGGGCGCUCGCGCAGAACUCCGCGACGCCGCUGAACCCUGGGGUUGCGUAUCUGAAUUCCAACCAGUUCGUGGUGCAUCCCCUCGCGGUGAAGCUCCUCCUGCAGCUACUCCAGAUGAACAAGAACCUCGUCCCUCCCGACCUCCCGAUAGAGCGCAAGCACCACGAAGAGACCUUCGUCGCAUCGGUGCUGGGGCCCGUGGGGCCCUUGUACCAACUCUCCACCGUGGGGGUACAAGAACGGCUGCUGUGCGCGGCCUGUCGGGCACGGUCGGGGAAGGAGUGCUCGCAGUGUUUCGCGGUGGUGUACUGCAACGAAGAAUGUCAACGCAAGCACUGGGCCGUCCACCGCGACGACUGCAUCCCGCGCACCGCGCCGGGGCGCUGGAUCACCAUUCAGGCGUCGGCGCUGCACUCCGACCCCUCCCGCUUCGAAUCCCGCAUGAGCAUCGCCGACCUCGUCCAGCACCCCGCUGCGGAAUCGCGGCGAAGAGCGAAGCCGUUCGUGGUGAAGCUGUGGCAUCUGUGGUGUCAAAUUCCUUACACUCCUGGCUGUCUCCGCUCGUACUACAGUUCGAUAGAGAUGAUCGACAGCAGGCGGUCGCUCGUUCUUGCUAUCAGCGGCCCUAGGGAGCUUCUGGACAUACUUGAAGAAGAGCUUAUCGGGCCGCGCAUCGAAUACGGGGGCAAUACGAUGUAUCGCUGGGCCAAGAGGACUGGGACCUGGACUUACGAGAUCUGCGUGGAUCGGGUGCCUCCGGCGGCGCUGUCCGGUUGGUGA